AUGGUCUUAUAUCAUCGAUACAUCUCACAUACAUCAGAUCGCAUUUCACAUCCAAUGGAUGGGACCGAUAAGGGAGGCUUUUUGAAAGAAAUGAAUAAUUUCUCUCUUUAUGAAAACAGUAAUCAUAUAGUACUGCCAAAGAGAAAGCAAGAAUCGAAACCGCUAUUGCGGUGCUUUUAUUGUGGUGAAUGGUUCGACAGAAAUGAUAAUACUUCUGGUUCUUGCAAAGAAGCUCCUGAUCCCAUCGAGCGUACAAUUCGUUUUCUGACAUGCUAUCCGAUAGCGGAAGGUGCUGUAUAUCAUUGCUGUAGGAGUGAUGACGAUAUGCCUGCCAAUAUUAGUCGUUUUGGACAGGGAUACAAUGUGUUCUCAUUUGGAUCACACCAUAUAUCACUAUUGAAACGUAUGAAACGAUGGCUAUUUUUGGCGCUUAUGUCGCUGGCAGUACCGUGUCUUUGUUGUUAUUUCCCAGCUCAUAUGAUAAACAAAUGUUUCGGCGGUGGUAAACGAGGACGUCAUCAGUCAUAUCAUUUCACCUCUACUUUUGAAGGCUAA